AUGGCAAGCGACACGAAUAUAUUACCCUCACAAAAAAUAUAUGAGGAAAUAAAUAAAAGGAACAGUUGUUUCGCGGUUCCUGGUGGAAGUGGAAAAUGCUGUAUGAACGGAAAUGGAUAUUAUUUGGAUGAUACGCUGAAAAUAUACGGAUAUAUUGAUGACAAAUUAGCCAAGAAAAUUACAGCAGUCUGGCAUCAUGCACCUGAACUAGGAAAUGGGGACAAUUUGACCGACAGUGAUCGCUGUAAAUUUCUAUUUUUUUGGACAGGUAGUCAAAUAAAUAGUAGGUUAAGUAGCCUUACCACCACAUUUGGGAAUGCUAUGAGUACAGUUUACACACAAUUGCGGGGAUACCAUUGUAUACACAAAUGCACGCUUUCUUAUGAUGGUAUCACUAGCGGGCUCAUGUUCAAGUGGGCUAAAGAUUUAUGGGACUAUUAUUAUGACUACAGUAAGUUGAAUGGGAAGGAGGGGGUUAGUGAGCAGCCUAUCUGUAAAGCGUUGAAGACGAAAUUCGAGAGGGCAAAGCAAGCACACUCAUAUUUACAGAGCAGUUGUGAUAGUAGUCCAUAUUGUAACGCAUUUAACAAUGGGAAGUCAACUACGAAUGCAGAAUUUGCCGCACCGAAGGAAUUAAAGUGCAAAGGGGAUGAGGAAACAAUUGCAGCGGAGGAGGAAAUAAUGGAGGUCACUAGCCCACCUGAAUUAGGGGGGAAGAAAUUAGGAGAGUUGCCCUCAAGAUUGUUGUAUGAAAAAUUCGAGAGUAAAGAGGGGAAAGGUAAGGGGAAAUGCGGAAGUACGGAAAUUCAGAGCGUGAAGGAUGCCCUGAAGGCUGUACUGGAGGACUACAGCUGUGUGGGCGACUGCACAGAGAAGGUUCUAUAUUCAUGGUGUUACGCAGAUAAGGAGAAGGAUAGUACACUUUACGGGGAACCUUUUAAUUUCUUCUACCUAUGGUUGUGGCAGGAGCUGCUGAAACAUGGGAGUGCGGGUAAUUCCUUUUCGCCCAUUGCGAAAAGAGUUUACGGUGCAUUGAGGGAUAUAUCCCCUCGAAAGAACUGUGAAGACAUGUGGGAGGGCAUAUAUCUAGAUAGAAGUAGUGACGACUUCUAUCAUAGGAAAGCAUUAUAUGAAUAUUUUGUGGAUUAUGACACUUUGAUUAGGCACUUAGGGAAUGGUAGUGUCCCAAAGCAGUGUGAUUCAGCAUAUCAUCAACAUUUAGAACAAAUUAAAAAAGCGUGUCCUGCUUUGCAGAAAUAUUGCAUAGAAGGGGAGAGGGAUUCAAGUAAAAAGGAAUAUUGUAAGUGGUUUAAUGAACAUCAAAAUAAGAGUUACUGUGACAAUGGGGCACUAACAAAAUUGAAAUGCACAAAAGUAAGACUCAAACCAAAUCCAAAUCCAAACCAAGCAGGAAGUAGUGGUUCCUUUUCCGAAUCGGGAGGACAUCAUAAUGGUGUUCCUGGUGGGGAAGGAAAAGGUGGUUCCGAUGGUGGUAGUAUUGUUGGUUCUGUGUCUGGUGGAUUAGCAACAGUUGGAUUGCCAACCAUAGCGUACCUCAUAUAUAAGUAUAAACCACAACUCUUCUCCUUUGGAAGACAUAACAACCGCUCCUUUGGACAUGGAAGGAAUGGAUUGAACAGGAAUGGUCAAAAUAGAGGAAGAUCUACCCUUAGAAGUGAAUUGAACACAUCAUUGCCUGACGACCACGACACUUCCACCAUCGGCGGAUCGGAUUCCAUGACGGACACAUCGAAUUAUUCUCUUCCAUAUACCACUUCUUCUUAUAGAUGA